GGCUGACGGCAGACGUCGCGCUUGUGGCUCGAGGGGGGGGAAAGGGCGAACUAGCACAUCAUCGCCGACAUCCACCUCUCGAUUUUCAGACACUUCCGAUAUGUCAAGAAAGCUACAGCGGACGGAGAUCUGCGCUGACUGCAGUGCGCCAGACCCGGGCUGGACCAGUAUCAACCGAGGGGUACUGAUCUGCGAUGAAUGCUGUUCAGUCCACCGCAGUUUAGGCCGCCAUAUCUCCAUAGUCAAGCACCUGAGGCACAGCGGAUGGCCGCCUGCAUUAAUGCAGAUGGUUCAAACGUUGGCCGGCAAUGGUGCCAACUCCAUAUGGGAACACAGUCUACUGGAUCCCGCUCAGGUACAGAGCGGUCGAAGGAAACCCAACCCACAGGACAAAGUCCAUACCACAAAGUCAGAGUUCAUCAGAGCCAAAUACCAGAUGCUGGCCUUUGUGCACAAGCUACCCUGUCGCGAUGAUGACGGCGUGACCACCAAGGACCUCAGCAAGCAACUUCACUCAAGUGUGCGAACGGGGAGUUUAGAGACGUGUCUUCGGCUGCUGUCCCUCGGCGCUCAGGCCAACUUCUUUCAUCCGGAGAAGGGCACUACGCCUCUCCAUGUGGCAGCCAAGGCAGGGCAGAUUUUACAAGCGGAGUUAUUGGUGGUGUACGGCGCCGAUCCAGGAGCACCUGAUAUCAAUGGGCGCACACCCAUGGACUAUGCGAGGCAGGCGGGCCACAUCGAGUUAGCAGAGCGACUGGUCGAAUGUCAGUACGAGUUGACGGACAGGCUGGCUUUCUACCUGUGUGGCCGACGCCCAGAUCACAAGAAUGGCCAUUAUAUCAUCCCUCAAAUGGCAGACAGAGCUCGUCCUAAGUGCCCGACACAGAGUUUGGACCUCUCAGAACUGGCAAAGGCGGCCAAGAAGAAGCUCCAAGCGCUUAAUAAUCGUCUGUUUGAGGAGCUUGCGAUGGACGUCUAUGAUGAAGUGGAUCGCAGAGAAAAUGACGCAGUGUGGCUUACCACGCAGAAUCACAGUACUCUGGUUACGGAGCGAAGCGCUGUGCCUUUCUUACCAGUCAAUCCCGAAUAUUCUGCCACACGAAACCAGGGCCGUCAGAAACUCGCACGUUUCAAUGCUCGGGAGUUUGCUACUCUCAUCAUUGACAUCCUAAGUGAUGCCAAAAGGCGACAGCAGGGGAAAGGUCUCAGCAGUCCAACUGAUCCAUCGGACCUAGGAUUUGAUGACGACCAACAUGACUAUGAUAGUGUAGCCUCGGACGAAGAUACAGACAGCGAGCUGACCACCCAAAAUAACAACAACGCACAGCGCAACAACCGUGCAAAGAGUAUGGACUCAUCUGAUUUGUCCGACGGGCCCAUCACUCUACAGGAGUACCUGGAGGUAAAGAAAGCCCUGGCCUCCUCGGAAGCCAAGGUGCAGCAGCUGAUGAAGGUCAACAACAACCUCAGUGAGGAACUCAGGCGGCUUCAGAAAGAGAUCACACGGAUGCAGACAGAGAACAGUGCGUUGCGGGGUGGCCAGCACGCUGUGGGGCCAGUGGGCCAUGGGGUCGGGGGCCACGGUGGAGGAGGAGGAGCGGGAACCUGCUGGCCGGGUGGUGGGAUGCGAGGCGUGAUUGGUGGGGGUCUGACCGUAUUGGGGAAAGGAGUUGAUCACUCCGGGCUGACAGUGCCCUCCUCAGCCACCUCUCAGUCCCAUUCCCAUCGGAGAGACCGCCAGGCCUUCUCCAUGUAUGAGCCCGGGGCUGCCCCCAACCCCACGGCCCAUGGUCCCCCAGCCCUGGACUCCCUGGCGGCCCGCCUGCAACCCCUCAACACACCCAGCGUAAGGAAGGGUAGUACAGGUGGCUCGUACGGAGGUCAACAUUUGUCUGGAUCUUCAGAGAUGGGCCGGUAUAUGAUUUCCAAAUCGGAUAAGCAUGGCAGCGGUACUGACAGCGACUACGACAACACGCAAACGUACGAUCCCUCGAUAAGCAUGGGUCGCAGUAGCGAGGAGGAGGGACAUGGGGGGGCCGAAGAGGGAGGCAGGGAAAUGUACGAUCCAGACCCCACCUUGCCGUGCACGGAAGACGUCAUACUUAAGACUGAGCAAGUGACCAAGAACAUCCAGGAGCUUCUCCGGGCAGCUCAGGAGUUUAAACAUGACAGCUUUGUACCGUGUUCUGAGAAGAUCCACUCUGCUGUCACUGAGAUGGCCUCACUCUUUCCGAAGCGGCCAGCCCUGGAUGCGGUCCACUGUUCGCUCCGCCUGUUGGCCUCCAGCGCCUCACGCUUGCAGGUGGAGUGUCGCAAGGCAGCGCCCUCGGAGCCGGGCGCUCCCGCCGUGGACUAUCAGCUCCUCACUCAGCAGGUCAUCCAGUGCGCUUACGACAUAGCCAAGGCCGCCAAGCAGUUGGUCACCAUCACCACCCGUGAGAAGAAACAGUGACACAAUUGAGAGAAGAUGGGGGGACCGGGUCCGCGCAAAAAAGGAUCAACAGGAACGGGGGGAGGUCCAAUGUGAUCACGGGAAGAAGCGGGCAAAGAGAAGUUGGACUAUGCAUGGGAAGGAGUCAGAUGGAAAUGUUAAAUGAGCACAGAGAGGGAGCAGGUGGAGGACGACGAGCCGCUGAAAGCGAUGUGUAAGAUAAAUGGCUUCACGUGGGACGCCGACAAGGAAGCAAGAUGGUGCUGAUGUACAGUCAAGCGCAUCCCCGUAUGUUGCCACUUUAUUUAUUCCCCCGAUGUGGUUCCGCAUCCCACCUUCAGCUCAAUCACCUGGACCAACAACAUCAACUUUGACAGCCCGUCUUUUGCUCUCCGUGUCCGGAUUAAUGGAUCCCCCACUCCACAGCUCACACGUCGCCCUCUCUGGUUUGGCUCCCGCAAAGGCGUUCCAGCCUGUUGUGGAGGUCCAUCACGGCAUGUUCUGGCAUAUUUCUUUCUUCGUUCCCCCAUUUUGAACAGGCCGAUUUGGGAUGCGUCUACAUCUCUUAAGACUUACAAAAAAACACUUAACACUGGAAUAAUUGUGAUGUAUUGUGUUGCUUAUUUUUUAAUGAUAUUUUUACUGAUGUGUUAUGUUUGUCACGGUCUCGCGUAUGAUUCUCAUUUAGUGACGCAGGGAGACGUUGUUCAACUUCUCAUUGGGAUUUAGUUUAACAAACAAUCUGUGAACAGUCCUGGGAAUUUCUCGAGCGUUCUUUUGGAGUUGCUCCUUUAGACAGCCACUCAACAGCCGAGGGGUUUACCAGGUGCCAAAGCGUUUGGAUGGAACGGUCAGACCAAAAACCCCUUGGCCUUGUUUUAUGACAGGACCUGAAUCAGACCUCAACUGUCUUUUAAUGUUCAUUUAUUUGUAUGUUUGUUUUUUUUCCUCUUACAAUUUGCCUCAUUUUAUCGCUCCAGUGAAAUCAUCUCAGAAUUAGCCAUUGUGUCGAAUGUUGCAGUUCAGCAAUCCGGAACACCAUCCGAAGAUAUGUUUGUGCUUGUUAAUGAUUUUGUUUUCCAAUUAUUUUUAGCUGCCUGGUGAGCACAAUCAAGCCCUGUUUAUUUGAUUGUGUUCUUAAUUCUCUGUCAUUGUGCCGAUUUGGGCCGACGGCAUUGUGAACACAGAUAGUUGGCCUCGGAUAGGUGACAGAACUGCUCGGACUGUGCCAAAUAGUGCAGAAUCGAACAAGCCUGCUGGUUUCUCAUCCUCAAAACACGCAGUUUGACAAAAACAUUUUACCUCCCAUUCAGCACUUUGAAGAAAUUGGCCACCUUCAGCAGCACUUGAGUCAACUUUUUUCAAAUUGAUAGUUUGAUUCGCUCACAUCUGUCGCAUGCCUCCGUAGCUGAGGGCUGAUUGUUUGCCAUGCCCUAAAAAAAAAAAAAGACUCUUGCAAUGUAUCAUUGCUUGAUAUUGAAUGCCUUUGCACAUGAUCAUCUCUCGUUUGACUGGCUGUAAUUGAAAUAAUUCAAAGCUUCUUCCAUCAUUCAACUUUUAGACUAGUCGUACAUACUUAUAUAUGAACAUCUAUAUUUUCAUGCUAUAUUUUAUAUUAAGCUACAUGUUAGGGUGGUGUCUGUGACAUAUUUAUGUCUUGUUUGCCCAAGUGCGCUUUAGGCUAUGAAAGCUAUUCACCAAGCAUCCAGUACAAUUUGGCCUUGUGAGUGUGCUGCAAGAUGGAGCUAGCUGCUAGCUUGUGCCGUUAGUUGCACUAUUUUUCCAAGCACCAACGGGAUGAAGUCACAUGUGACGCACUCUCCUUAAGGUCAUACUUCAAGUGCAUUUAGGUGCUCGAUGCAAGGGCUGCCAUAUGUGCGGUGGAAUAGGAAAAGGUCUGAAGCACGCUUGGGCUUAGCACUACAAGUCAUCUCAGAAUGACGAGGGAGGGAGAGGUCCAAUAAAAUGCACAUGGAACCUCUCUCCGUCCCUCGUUUAGUGGACGCCGAGUCUUGUGUGAAUGUUAACUGCUUUAGUCAUCGUGCCCAGCACACUUUCAUUUCUCCAUCUGCUUACACUUUUAAACACCCCAAUGGUCAUCGGCUGGACCAAGCCUUCCAUCAGCCUGUGAUUUUAUUUGAGCCUAGCCCAAUGCUGAAGCACCGGCCGUCGUGCACUGUGGCGUUGCUGUCCUUGUGCCGUCACCCCCACGGGCAUACGUUUUGGGAGAUGGGUGACGGGAGCGUUGUCUUUUAACAGAAAAACACUAAAAAAUGUAUAAAUGUAGAGACAGAGAACAAUGAAUAAGGUCAGUCGUAACGGAAACUCAUAAGCUGUACAUUUGUAAUAAAAUAAUAAAACAA